GCGACACAGCAACACCGUUCGACGAUAGCUGCAGCUCUUCUCUGUUUUCCAUCGACAGGAUUGGCCCAAUCACAUCUUGCCCUGAUUGCCGGAGAUACCGCAGGGGAAGUUUGCUGGGUGGUGAACGAGACACCCGGGUAAACCACUGCUGUGGUCUGGCAGCUACCUCCGCUCUACACAUCAUUUUGGCUCCGGCUCUCACCACGCGGGUAGGCAAGCCCGCAACAGCAGCACAAGGGCAAAAUGUCGUCUUUCGGGGGAGGGUCGGGGUCCAUGCUGGUCCUUAACGAUCCAGCGGCGCAGCUGUCUAGCGUGGAAGGGAAGGCGGCGACAUCCGCCGCACCGGUGACCAACCUCUCUGCCUUCGCCAGCAGCAACGACAUCGUCGUCAAGGUUCACCCGAUGGUGCUGUUCUCGGUGUUGGACCACUACCUCCGACGACCGGAGAACCAGAAGCGCGUUAUCGGGACCUUGUUGGGCACCGUGACGGCGAACGUUGUCGAGAUCACUAACUCGUUCGCCGUGCCCCACCUGGAGAAGAAUGACGAGGUCGCCGUGGGUAAGGACUUCAACAAGUCCAUGCUCGCGUUGCAGCAGCGGGUCAACGGGAGAGAAUCAGUCGUCGGCUGGUACGCGACGUCCUUCGAUGGCGUUCUUAUCGUGGACGACUCCUCUCUCAUCCACGACUUCUACACCGGGGAGUGCGAGCGACCGGUGCAUCUCGUCGUCGACACCGCAUUGAAGAACAACAUCGUUGGGUGCAAGGCGUUCAUCAGCACCCCGCUGGAGAUCGACGGGUCGGCCCUCGCCAACGUGUUCCACGAGGUAAAGGUUAGCCUCGUCUCGGCGGAGGCAGAGCGCAUCUGUAUCGACCGAAUGGUCAAGGGCCAGGAGGAGGCGUUUACGACUCCUGAGGGGCUUGCGGAGGUGGACAGCAGAAUGGCUAGCUUGGAAACGUCGAUGCAGCGGUUGGUCACCAUGUUGCAACAGGCGGAAGAAUACGUGGGGACCGUUGUCGACGGGAAGCUUCCCGCCGACCCUCACAUGGGCCGUAAGCUGGCCGACACUCUCGCCGCCAUCCCGCGAAUGAGACCGGAGGCCUUCAACCGCCUUUUCGACGACAAUCUUCAGGACCUCCUUAUGGUCUCUUACCUCAGCAGCCUUACAAGGACACAGCUCGCGAUAGCAGAGAAGCUGGCCACGUGAUGGAUGGUCGAACCCUUCGGGACCGGGAUUGUUUUUUUAGUAUGUUGGCGGGGGAUGAGUUGAGGUCCAGGUCUUGGUGUUGUCUAGAAGACAUGCAGCGGGAGGACGAAUGAAUCCAGCUACUGUAACGUGGGUGGGGUGAAAGGAAACUGUCAGGACGUUGUCGAUAUCUCGGCAGGCUCAAUAAACAGAAGGGCUCAGAAGAGGCGUUGGUGUCGGUUUGGUUGGAGACCAGACCGAUAUAGGACCUUUCCUCUAAUGGCUCGGAGGGCUACUUGAUGUUGGCAGGAGGGCUAGCCAUGUACGCCUCUCAACGAGACAUACAUGUAGCUCGCGACGGCCGAUGUAGAAUAGCGCCGUAUGUCGACUGGAUACAGACCGCUCUUCCAUCGGUGCAACGGUAGAGUGCUGUGUGGGGCUCGUGCAGGGGUCUUGCUGCUGCCCGCCGGCGAUCGAGCAUUUUCGACCUGUUGAUUCCUCGAGUGUUGCCGGUGCUGGUAGAGGGGGCCCAACGCAGCAUGUUGAUUGCGCUAUGCACUUUUUUUUUUAUUGUCCUUUUGGUGGCUGAUAGUCGAGAGGCCAAGAUGUGCGUGGCGAGGGUAUGCGGCAUUUUUUUUUUUAGUAGUCAGAAGCCGUUUCGUGUGGUGCAAGCUUAAGAUUUAGAGGGAAUUCGGGAGAGACGAACACGAAUAUUUCG